AUGGCGGUGAACCAGAGCCACAGCGAGAACCGUCGUGGGGCCCUCAUCCCCUUCGGCGAAAGUGUCUUGAAGCAGAGUCAGGAUGUGGACCUCUCCUUCCUACAGCAACCAGUGGGAUCUGAUCUCUUUAAUGGUACAAAAAGAGGAACACUGUUUCUCACUUCAUACCGGGUGAUCUUCGUGACUUCACACUUAGUCAAUGACCCCAUGCUUUCUUUUAUGAUGCCAUUUGGUCUGAUGAGUAAUUGCACCAUUCAACAACCAAUCUUUGCCCCCAACUACAUUAAAGGAACCAUUCAGGCAGCUCCGGAUGGUGGCUGGGAAGGACAGGCUAUUUUUAAAUUAUCCUUCAGAAAAGGAGGUGCCAUUGAAUUUGCCCAGCUGAUGAUGAAAGCUGCCUCUGCUGCUGCCAGAGGAAUUCCACUUGGAAGUGUAAAUUACUGGUUCGGCACUUCAGGACUCUAUAUAAUUACUGCACCAGAGGGCAUGAUGUGCACCCAACAGACGCCUUGUCCAGUUGUGGUCUACAGACCCCCACCACCAGGAUACAGAGCCCCACCAGCAGGAUAUGGAGCAUCACCUGCAGGAUAUGGAGCCCCGCCUGGGGGAUAUGGAGCCCCUCCUGGGGAAUAUGUAGCCCCACCUGUGGGAUAUGAAGCCCCACGUGGGGGAUAUGGAGCCAGAGCCCCAUCUGCGGGAUAUGGAACCCCACCAGUGACAUAUGAAGCCCUGCCUGCAGGAUAUGGAGCCCCACCAGCUGGAAAUGAAGCCCCACCUCCAGCAUAUGAAGCUCCACCUGCUGGAAAUAGAGCUGCCUCUUACAAAUCUGUGGCAGCCCAGCCGGAGGCUUCUCUUCCAUCUACCUCGUCUUCUCAGGCUCAUUUACCACCUUCUAAGAAGUAAACAUUGAAGACUCACCAAGCAAAGGGCACCCUAAAACUGAAGUCACAAUAAGAAGGAUGACUCAGGUGCCAAGCAGUAGGAGGCGUUUCCUGUGCACGUAGUGGCCUGAUCCUCUCCACACACCUGUGAGGUCCUGGUGAGCU